AGUCAUGGUUCAAAUAACUAGAUCCCGCCACCAACUCACACGUGCAGAUUGUUUUGGUUUAAUAGUUGGGUUUAAAAACUAAUUAUUUAGUGGCCAUGCCCGCAGCAGCCCCGCAGUCUUUGAGUAAUGGCAAACCCUCCCUGGCGGAGCCCCACAAAUCCUGGAAAAAAGUCAACGAGGAGCGGAAGGCUCUUAAGCGCCAACGUAAACAAGAAAAACUUCUAAAGGAGCUGCAACAGGCACAGAAUCAGGAAGCUGAGGCGGAAGCUAACGCCGCCUCCAAUGCCCAGAAGGCAGCUACUGUAAAUCCUUCGACUGUUAGCAUAGCAGUUCCUGGAUCCAUUCUAGAGAAUGCGCAAUCUAAUGAAUUACGAGCCUAUGUAGCUGGACAAAUAGCCCGAGCAGCCUGCAUAUUCCGGGUCAACGAGGUUAUAGUCUUUGACGAUGUGGGCGUGGCAACGGCCAGAGAAACAAAAAAAAGUUAUGAGGAGGACGCUGAAGGCAAUGCCUCGGGCACUGUGAGGAGUAGUUCAUUGCAAUUGGCGCGAAUUCUUCAGUAUCUUGAAUGUCCGCAAUAUUUGCGAAAAUAUUUCUUUCCCCUGCACAAGGAUCUAAAAUACUCGGGCCUGCUCAAUCCUUUGGAUACGCCGCAUCAUCUGAGGCAACAAAGUAAAUUUCGGUAUCGCGAAGGAGUAAUCUGCGAUAAAAAGGCUAAGGAAGGGCAAAGUUAUGCCAAUGUCGGCCUGCUGAAUGAUGUCUUAGUCGACAAGGCCAUUGAGCCUGGUGUGAGGGUAACAGUAAAGAUGGAUCAGCCCAAUGAGGCACAAAGAAAACAGCGUGGCACCUUGGUCAGUCCGGAUGAGCCACGCCGCGAGACAGGUGUCUACUGGGGCUAUCAGGUGCGCAUUGCGCAUUCUUUAUCGGAAAUAUUUACGAAAUCCCCCUAUGAUUCUGGCUAUGACGUCACUCUGGGGACGUCUGAUCGUGGCAAAAAUGUUCAUGAGGUUCCUGCCAAAUCAUUUAGCUAUAAUCACCUACUCAUUGUUUUUGGUGGCCUCCAAGGACUGGAAUCAGCUUUGUCCAAUGAUGAAAAAUUAACUGUGGAUGAUCCUGAAUUGCUUUUCGAUCAUUACGUCAAUGUACUGCCCCGUCAAGGUUCCCGAACCAUACGAACAGAGGAGGCCCUAUUAAUAGCCUUGGCAGCUCUUCAGGAAAAAUUUCAACCACAAAAUGCUGAAGUAGAAACUGAUUUAAGUGACCUAUUGCCUCGUAGCGAUGAAACUGGAAUUUCAGUUAACCGAGAUGCAUUGGUUAGCAAGAAAAAACCCAAAAAGCGAAAGUUUGCAGAGGCUGAAAAUGACGACACAAAUAAAAAUGUAAUGGAAAAAGAAACACCAGCAAAACCUGUUGCAUUCAAUCCAUUUGAUGAGGAUAAAUCAGUAGCGGAACCAGCUCCUGUGGAUGACGAUUUCGAAGUGGUGGCCUCAACAAAACCACCAACAUGGAAUCCAUUCGGUGAUCGUAAACCCAUUGAAGCCACAUCUGCCAAUAAUAUUUAUGAGGUGGUGCCAGCGUCCAAAACGACAACCAAUAGCUCUAAAAAGUCGGUCUUUAAUCCGACUGACGAUUUAAGUCGAUUUGAUUGAGAGCCAUUGGCAAAAUGUAGUUUGAAAUGUUGACCAUUUGCUCUGAUUAUUUUAUCUAUUACUUCAAAUUUAAACAUAAAUCAUUCUAGUUGCUGUCUGUCAUAAUAUUUACUAUUUGAUUUUAAAUAGAUUGAUAGAAAUUGAUUGUUUAUUGAUUUAAGUAAAAGUUUCGACCAAAACUUAAA